AAGAAACAGAUAGGGAUUUUCCACAUUUUUUAUUACUUCAUGAACUUAAUGUCAACUUUUCUUUCAUGGUCAGAAAUGGGGUGAAAUGAAUCAAAUCAUCUUAAGAACACAUAAAAGUUCAUAUGAACCUGGUGAAGAAAUAUUUGGAGUGGUAUAUUUGAACAUAGCUAACCCUACAGCAGGUACUGGAGUUUGUGUCAGAUUUGAAGGUUAUGAACAUUUUAUUUACAAUUCUGGAAUAAGAGAUGAUCCUGAAUAUUUAGUAAAGAAGCAGUACAUAGAUUGUCCAUUUGACCUUUAUAAAUCUCAAGAUAACCUUGGUAUUGGAAGUUAUGUUUUUCCCUUCAGAUUUCAGCUGUUGAAUGAUUUACCAGGUUCUUUUAAAGCUUCUAGUGCAGGAGGAAAUAAGUGGUGGAAAGCCAGAAUACAGUACUGGAUAUCAGCAGAAUUGAUCCAUGCUGAAACUGUAAAGGUUACCCAAGAUGUUGUAAUAAAUCAAGCUUUGCCUAAUACAGUAAGACCAUCAGGUCCAACACAGAAUACAAUAGAAACUAUAGAUAUAGCUAAACUUCCAUUGUAUAGUAGGAAAUUGUCUGUAACUGCCAGGUUGUUUGAACAUAUUCAUUUAUCUGGAGGUGUAGCUAGAUUAAGAAUCAUCAUCACAAAUAACACAAAAGUCAAUGUGAAGACAAUAUAUGUUAAAUUAUAUGGAGUUUUUGCCCUGAUGACAAAAGGAUCAAAAAUGAAUCCAGAUGAUCCAUGUGUGACAGAAAUAGAUGAUAAUGUUAUUAUUGAACCUAAAGAAAAUCCACAUCUAAUUUGGGAGGCCAUGCCAGUCGAAGGAUGUAAUUCUGAAAUUCUUAAUACGGGUAUUGACAAUGUUCAUGUUCCACUACAGUAUAGAGAUGGAUCCCCACUUCCACCUACAGUCAGUAGUAAAUAUCAUAUAAAGUGUACAUAUGAAAUAGAAGUGAUUGUAGAGUUACAGAAUUUAAAGAGAGCCUCUUUGAUGUUACCUCUUCAUUGUGUAAGACACACUCAGGAUGACACGUGGUCCAAAUGGCAGGCUCCACAAUGGGUGUAUGACACAGAAAUACUUACAUCAAACAGUCGCUUCAGUGUACCAGAAAAUGUUUUAAAUGGCCCUGCAUUUUCUGGAAUUCCAAGAUUUCAACCUUUGAGCUGACAGUAAAAGAUAAUGUAACAAUCCAUUUAGCAAUUAAUUCAAUUUCCAUUAAUAUGUUGUUUAUCAUCCUUCUCUUCAUCAUGAGAAACAGUUUCUCCUAAAGCCAUUCAUACUGUUACUCAACUAUUAUCUCUGGUAUUGUAGUUCUGAUAAAUUGAAUACAAAGUAAAGUUGGAAUUUCUCUCAUUUUAAUUGUAUUGGCAAAAAGAGAGAACUUCAAACUCUUUCUCUUAAAAAGUUUUAGUUGGAAAAAUGAGAGACAAAGAAAAAAUAUCUGGUUAAACUUGGUGCUUAAAACUUAAAAAGAGUGCUGUAGAUUUUGUGUCUUGAAUGAAAAUUUCCCCCUGAUAAACAUAGUUUGUUCUGUUCUGUUUAGUUUCUUGAUUUUUAUUUUUGUGCCAUAUGCAUAUAUUUGUUUUCUGAUAGACUACAAACAGUUGUGCCAAAAAAUAUAUUACUACUGUAACAUGCUUUUUACUGACUUGAAGUUAAAUAAAUUCAGCAAAAAAAAUCAAAAAAUCUAAUAUCUUAUUUUAACAAUAAUCAAUUCAAGUCGUCUCUUUGCAGACAAAAAUAACGGAAAUGUGUAAUUCAUUAUUGAAUUUGCUCCUCUUACCUUAAAUAGCUAGAACAAUGAAUAUGGAUACAUGUAUGUGUUUUGGUUUCUGAUGCUUAUUUCCUUGAGUUUUUUUUUAAUAUGAAUUAUAGAACUAGUGCUCCCUGAAAAACUAUUUUGUAUGAAAUUAGCCUUGAAAUUUGUUGUCUCCCAUAAUUAUACAUAUUUUAGAUCAACCCUUAAAUGGAUUUACAGAGAAAUUCACAUUUUAUAUUAUUAUUGUCAUAUUACUGCCUUAUAUUGUGUCAAGGAUAAUGUAUGGCUAUUUUUGUGUACUGGUAAUUUAUUUCAAGGCAAAUGUAAUAUAAAUUCUCAUAAAUACAUAAAGCUUACAAUAAAAGUAUUGAUAAAAAAUGCUUCCAAUCUAAGUUACAUGGUUAUAUGGUUAUUGUUGUUCAUGGCCAUAUAAUAACUGGUUCUGAAGUGCCACUUAUUCUUACCAUAAUCUUUUAAAUAGAUUUAAAGGAGACCUGAUUUUCAUCUUGCUGGCCCAGAAACCAGAUUCAAUUAAUCAGGAUGACUUUGUGUCCAGAAGAUAACAUGAUGUGGUAUGAUUGCCAAUGAGACAGCCAUCCACAAAAGACCAAAAUGCCACAGAAAUAAACAUCUAUAGGUCACUGUAUGGCCUUCAACAAUGAGCAAAGCCCAUACUGCAUAGUCAGCUAUAAAAGGCCCUGAAAUACAAUGUUAAACAAUUCAUUUCAGAAAACUAGUUCAUUAUGAGGAGUAGUUUGGAAAAGAAAAUGAUUCCAAAAGCUCAUUCUUGUCAUCCACUCUUAUUUGAACGUAUGAAAAAAGAAAAAAAAAAUUAGCUACCAUAUAUAUGUAAUGACCACUACAUGACUAUAUCUCUUGACAAUGUUUGAAAAUAAACAUUAUAAUUAACCUAACAUCCUAUUUUUUUAUUUUUGUUUUGAACUAUGGAUUUAGUUUUAUUUGUUUGUAACAAAUUUUCAUUGAUUUCGUGGGUAUAGAUGAACCACUAAUUUAAAUGUUAAAUGAAGUAUAAUUUGACAUAGGAUUGUGUGUACACUUUGGCUAAAACAAAGAAUCGCUUUGCUCAUUGUUGAAGACCGUACUGUGACCUAUAGUUGUUAAUGUCUGUGACAUUUUGGUCUCUUAUGGACUGUUGUCUCAUUGGCAAUUAUACCAAAUCUUCUUUUUUUUUUUUAUAUCAACCAAGAUAUAAGUUUUAUCCAAUCCUUGAAAUUAAAUGAAUCCACAGUAAAUUUUGAUUAAACCUAUGAUAAAAAGAAUUCUCAAGGACUUAAGUAAUAAAACUGUCAACAUUUGUGAAACAAAUUCAAAUCCAGUAUUAAAUUUGAAAUUGCUGAGCAUACAUUAUUUCAUCAUCACCAUUAUUUCCAUAGAAAAAACAUUUAUUCUUUUGACAUAUAUAUAGUGCACAUCUUGAACUACUUCACUAAUAGGUUUAUUAUAAUGAAUGUAUUAAAAACUUAUUUAUCAUUUGCUGUUUUAAAUCUCAAGGUUACACUUCAAAUGAUAGUUUUCAUCCAUUUGGUAAAAUAAAUGAAAUCAUCAAAUGAAAAUUAAGAAAAAGAAUAUCCUUGCCUAGAGCUUAAAAUAAAUGUAUUGAGUGCAUCAAUACUCUGAAGCAGCUUUAGUUAUGCCAUUUUUAAUGAAUAUCUAACAUAGUUAUACACAGAAUGAUGAAGUAAAGAUUUAUUAUUAUUUUUUUGAUAGAUAUAAAGUUAUUUUUACGAUAUGAGAUUGAAUUAUUUAGAUACUAUAAAAUGGCAAGUUAUUAUUAUUUAUUGUCAGUUUUUCCCCGUAAACAUUUUUAUGAAGGUAUAACAACAGUGUAUUACAUUUAAAAGGCACUUUUAUUGAUUAUAGUUAAUCUGUACGAAGAGAGAACAUUCUGCUACAGGCUCUUCGCCAGGUGUAACAUUAUGAUACUGAAAUCUGUGCUUAAUAAAAAUUGAUAUUAUUGACUGCUUUUAAAAUGUCAGUAUAAACUACAUGCUGUUCAUAGUGUUGUAUUAUAUUUUGUCAUUUAUGAUAUUGUAUAAUGCAUCCAUUUUGUAUUACAUUCUAACAUCUGUUACAAAUAUGUAGAUGAACCCAUGUGCCUCUGUAAUCUGUCAAAAAGAAACAUCUUUCUUUUUAUCAAAAAUUAGCAAAUUAAUGCUUUACUUGAUGCUUUUAGUUGUUAAAAGCAAAGAAGCAUUGAGGAAUGUCAAAAACAUUUACCCGUCAAUAUGCAGAUAUAUUAAAUGUUCAGGAUCUGCUGAAAUCAGCAUCUUCCAAUUAUGUACUUGUGAUAAUGUAUGUCUUCUAAUCAGCAGGUUAAAGCUCUUUGAGUCUGCUUUCAAUAUCUGCUAUGAUGCAAUAUGAUAUGACAUGGUUUAUAUUUUGUUUUGUUAUGUAUUUUGUAAUACAGAGAUAAAUGAUUUAAAGCUUCUGCUGGUUUAAUAUUUACAGUGCAUACAGUACAUUCAUCCACUAAUAGCUUGAUAGAUUUGUAAAUUGUUGAAGUUUGUAUGUUAACAGUUAUAUCCGUUUGGUUGUUUUUUUUAUGGGUUGCUGUCUCAUCAAAAUAGAAUGUAAUAAUACUGGAGGAACUUCAUGACCAAAAGAUUUAAUUCUUACAAUACUAGGUGAAAUAUUUUUUUUCUUUCUUCUGGAUGAUAAGCUUAAUGUGCUUUCAUAUCAAACACAUGUGCUUUCAUAUCAAACAAGUAUUUUAUGUAGUAUGGUGUUGUCUUUAAUACCAUGAAAAAAAUAGAGCUUCCAAACUUAACUUACCAAAGAAAUUAUAAAAUAGAUAUAAUGUAAAUUAAGUGUUAUUGUAAAAUUGCAAUUUUAAGUUGUUUACAGUAAAUUAUACAUGAAACAUUCCAUUUAAUUAUUCACAAAUUUAUGUUUUUAUAUUAUUGUGUUUAUAUAAAUUUAUUUGUUAAAUUAUAAAAUAUAUUGAUAUGCCAUGUAAUAUUGUGUUCAUUAUGUAAUUCAUUCUUUUGAAAUCCAAGUGAUUAUUAUACAAUAUUGAAUUUUCAAACUUUUGAAAUGGAAAUAGAAGCAAAAAAGUCAUAUUACAAUUAACUCCAUGUAAGAAUUCAAUUUGAAUAGCUCUUGACCAUUAAAGUGUGAAUAAAAAUAUCCAUAUGGGGGGUGUUUUCAUAUAACUAUUUCACACGAAACAUACAUCUGGCAUCCUAAAUUGUUAAUCAUGGUAUCUUUGAUAAUUUUUUCAACCUCUUUCAAAGUAUCAUUUUAAAAAGAUUAACUCAAUAAAAAGAAUCUUUAUUGAAGUUAUGGCAAAGUAGAUUGAUUGUUGUCAGAAGUCUUUCUAACAAUGAUUCAGUAACAGGAUUUUUUUUUUGCCAGUGUAUGAUCCCUUUGUAUAUCUUAUGGAUCAAAAUGUUAUAGAGUUUGCCAUUUUUAGUGAUAUCAUCAUCUUUUUCAUUGUAUUGAAAUUAAUGGACAAAAUUUGAUAGUCUCAUAUCUUAGAUAUAAACAUUAAGCUAUUUAGUCAGUUAUUGAACAUUGGUUGGUUAGAAAUAUAUUAAGCUGGAAAAAAAAUGAUGUCUUAAAAAUAAGUUUACCUAAUUUAGACUAAAUUUCAUGUAACAGUUUGUUUGCAGUCUAGAAUCUUCCUAAAAAAGUUAAAGAAAAUUAUUCAUAUGCAUAGAUAUGGGUUUUUUAAGGGAAAAUAAAUUCAUCAUAGAUACCAGGAUUUAAUUUAGUAUUCACGCCAGAUUUAAAAGGGGGAGUGUAUCACAUCUAAGUUUCAAAGAAAAUUGAAAAUGAUACAUUUUUUUGAAAUAUGUGUUUUAGUAACAUUGCACAGUUUAAGUAACCUUUAUUUGUGAACAUGAAUAAAAAAUAUAUUUACUAUAUCAUAUAUCAACAUAUUGCAAGUAUGAAACUCCUGGUACUUAUUACAGAAUUUUACAAUAUUUGUUUUUUUAUAUAUUUAUGAAAUGUAAAUGUGAUAGUAAGCUUAUGCUUAAGAUUUCUACAAUAAAUGCAUUUAAAUAUAAA